CUUCUCUCAGGAAAUGGCCCUCCACCAGCAGCAGCAAAACGCGGCCGUUUUGCACUCCAUGCUCCCCGCCGAUCACCACUCCUCGCCUAAAUCGCCGCCCUCUACGUGGCUCAACACCUCCCUCCUCCGCCAGCACAGCCACCACUUCUCCGCCCCCACCGACGGCGCUGCGACCGGCUUCCUCCACCUCCAGACUUCCAACUCCGACUCCUCCACCUCCAACCACUGGCUCUCGCCCGCGGGCGAGGGGCUUAAGAGCGACGACGUCUCGGAGCCGAUUAAUAACAAUAACGCGAUUAAUAAUGAGGAGAGCAGGUGGGAGAGGGAGAAGUGCAAGGCGGACAUUCUGAAUCACCCGCUGUACGAUCAGCUCCUGUCCGCGCACGUAUCGUGCCUGAGAAUUGCUACGCCGGUCGACCAGCUGCCGAGGAUAGACGCCCAGCUCUCGCAGUCCCAAAACGUCGUCGCUAAGUACUCUGUUCUCGGUCAAGGUCAACAGCCUGUCGACGACAAAGACCUUGAUCAAUUUAUGACACACUAUGUUUUGUUGCUCUCAUCAUUUAAAGAGCAACUACAACAACAUGUCCGAGUUCAUGCCAUGGAAGCAGUCA